CACACACUUGUAUGUAUGUAAGUGUGUAUGUAUCACGUAUUGGGAACCCAAAAAGCAGAGUGCAUAUAUAUACAUAGAGUAGUAGGAGAAUAUAGAUAUAGAGAGAGAAAGAGAGCCAAAAAUGAGAAGGAUGAUUAGUGGAAAGGGAAAAACUGUUCGUUGGGGUGUUCUUGAUUUUUCUUUUAUUCAACUACAAUCCAAUAUUUCUUCAUCUCGUGUAUUAAUUAUAGAUACAACAUUAAUAAUACUUCUUGUACUAGUCUUAACUAUACACACACAGAUAUUACUCUUACUUCUACUUGUGAGAUUUUAUUUAUUUUAUUACAUCUAUCAUCAUCAUCAACAUCUUUGUUAUUCUUCGUUGAUCAAAUCUCACCGCUCAUCUUUGUAUCUCCCCACUCUCUUGAUAUUUGAUGUUACAUAGUAGAAACCCUUUUUAUUUUUAUUUUAAAUUUUAUUGAGUGAGUGAGUGACAAAGCAAAGAAACUAGUAGUAGUAUAUAAAUUUUUUGAUAGAAGUCUUGGUUUAGAGGCAGACAGGUGCACUUAAAAAUACCCAAUUCUUACUUUUUUCAUCCAUACCCUAAAUUCUAUUUCUUUCUGCUAACCCUAGAAUUUGGGGCUUCACUUGUGCCUGCUGUUUGAUCUGCUGUUAUAGACAUAUAGUAAUUAUACACACAAAAGAUUGGAUUUUGGUUCAUCUUGAGCUAUGGAGGAGGAGGGUAAACAAGAUAUGGAGAAGACACCAGAGGGUGAGGGGAAGGUAAAAAGAAAGAUGAAGACUGCUGCUCAGUUGGAGCUGCUUGAGAAUACUUAUGCUUUGGAACAAUAUCCAUCAGAGGCAUUGAGAGCAGACUUGUCUGUAAAGUUGGGGCUUUCGGAUCGACAGUUGCAGAUGUGGUUCUGCCAUAGGAGGCUAAAAGAUAGGAAGCCAACACCGCCAAAGCGACCCCGGAAAGAUUCUUCUCCUGCAGCUGGGUUGGGUUCGUCUGGUGGUGUGGGUAUUGGUGAUGAGAUUAGGGCAUUGGGUGAGGUUGGAAAUGAUUUUCCUUCUGGUUCGGGUUCGGGGUCAGGUUCAUUUAGCCACAUUGACUUGCAGAAGAGAAUGAUUGUCCCGAAUCUUGGAGUUGAUGUGCCAGAUAUGAAGAGGUUUUACCAGCCACCCCAAGCACUAUCUGAGCUUCGAGCUAUUGAAUUCAUCGAGGCACAGUUAGGGGAACCAUUGAGAAAAGACGGGCCUAUACUUGGAUUGGAGUUUGAUCCUCUGCCGCCUGGAGCAUUUGGCACCCCCAUAGCGUUGACAUCCGGGCAACAGAAAUCAGUUGGAGGACAUUAUGAAGUCAAGCUUUAUGAACGCCUGAAUGCUAAGCCAAUUCAGGCUUCUGCGAGGGCUCUUCAUGAGUACCAAUUUCUGCCUGAGAAACCAUGUGUUAAAAGCGAUGCAUAUGAAAGACCAGUGUCGUUGUAUAAUCACAACUCACCAGCUCAUCUGCCCAGUUCUCGGACUUCAUCAUCAAAUGUAAGGUUAGUCGCACAUGGUAAUGAGCAGUUACCAUCUGCAUACGGUUUCCAAGUUCCGUUCCCGAACCUAAGUCUAUUGCCACAGCAAGGAAGGCAAGGACACCUCUUGGCAUCGACCUCAACAGAUCAUGAUACUAGGGCAUUUAGUCAGUCCUUUCCGAUCAUCGUUGAAGAUGCUCAUCCUGUUUCUCACCCAAUUUCUGGAUUUGAUAGUUCACUUAUACCAUCUGAAAGGCAGGUGAUCCUUGAUGAUGACAUUUUGCGGAUCGAAAAGAAGCGCAAGUUUGACGAGGCUAGGAUAGCAAGGGAAGCGGAAGCAAAUGAGAAAAGGAUCCGUAAAGAGCUUGAGAAGCAAGAUAUAUUGAUGCGAAAGAGAGAAGAACAAAUGAGGAAAGAAAUGGAGAGGCAGGAUCGCGAAAGGCGUAAAGAGGAGGAAAGGCUAUUGCGUGAGAAACAACGCGAGGAGGAGAGGUUGCAGAGGGAACAGAGGCGUGAAAUGGAAAGACGGGAGAAGUUUUUACUGAAGGAAUCUAUGAGAGCUGAAAAAUUGAGAAUUAAAGAAGAAAUGCGCAGAGAGAAGGAAGCUGCAAAGCUUAAAUUAGCUAACGAAAGGGCUACUGCUCGAAAAAUUGCUAAAGAGUCGAUGGAAUUGAUUGAUGAUGAACGCGUGGAACUCAUGGAUAUUGCAGCCUCUAGAAAAGGGUUGCCCUCAAUAAUGUCUCUUGAUAGUGAUGCUUUGCAAAACCUUGAGUUAUUCAGAGAUUUGCUCACUGAAUUUCCUCCAAAGUCCGUUUGCUUGAAGAGACCAUUUGCAGUUCAACCUUGGACUGAUUGUGACGAGAACGUUGGCAGCCUUUUCAUGGUGUGGAGAUUUUUGGUUACUUUUGCCGAUGUUCUUGGAAUUUGGCCAUUUACCAUUGAUGAGUUUGUCCAGGCUUUUCAUGAUCAUGAUUCAAGGUUGUUGGCUGAGAUACAUGUAGCUCUGCUUAAAUCUAUCAUUAAAGAUAUUGAAGAUGUUGCAAGAUCACCCUCCUUCGGAUUGGGAGCAAAUCAAAAUAGUGCUGCUAAUCCUGAAGGCGGACAUCCUCAAAUUGUUGAAGGGGCAUAUGCCUGGGGUUUUGAUAUUCGCAGCUGGCAACGACAUUUAAAUCCGUUAACUUGGCCAGAAAUAUUGCGUCAAUUUGCUCUUUCGGCAGGCUUUGGGCCAAAGUUGAGAAAAAGGAGUGCUGAACAAACAUAUUUCCGUGAUGAAAAUGAGGGUAAUGGUAGCGAGGAUGUCAUUUUGACACUACGCGAUGGAUCUGCAGCUAAAAAAGCUUUUGCCAUCAUGCAUGAACGGGGAUAUUCUAAUCCUCGGAGAUCCAGGCAUCGGUUGACGCCUGGAACAGUUAAAUACGCUGCAUUCCACGUGCUUUCACUGGAGGGUGGCCGGGGUCUCACUAUAUUAGAUGUUGCAGACAGGAUUCAAACAUCUGGUCUGCGAGAUCUCACUACAAGCAAGACACCGGAGGCAUCAAUUGCUGCUGCUCUGUCGAGGGAUACAAAGCUUUUCGAGAGGACAGCUCCUUCAACUUACUGUGUACGUGCCCCUUACAGGAAGGAUCCUGCUGAUGCUGAGGCAUUGCUUUCUGCAGCCAGAGAAAAAAUUCUGGUGUACAAAAAUGGAAUUUUAGAUGGAGAUGUUGAGGAUGUUGAUAAAGAGGAAGCAGAAAGAGAUGCAGAUUCUGAAAGUGAUGUUGCCGAGGAGCUGGAAGUUGAGGAUAUAGGUUCUAAUUUGAAGCCAAGCAAAGAUGUCUCUUCUUGUGAGCCGACUGAUUCACAGUUGGAAACAAAAUCUGCAAGUGGAAAAGAAAUAUUGCAGGAGGUUCUAGAACCUUCAGAACAUCAUCUUGAAAAUGUUGUGAUGACGUCAUUGGAAGCUGUUCCUAAUAAGGAAGACACGGAGAUUGAUGAAAGCCAGUCUGUUGAACCAUGGGUUCAAGGACUUGUGGAUGGAGAAUACUCCGAUUUGAGUGUCGAGGAGCGUCUUAAUGCCCUUGUUGCCUUAAUUGGAGUGGCCAAUGAAGGAAAUUCAAUACGCAUCAUCCUGGAGGAUCGCAUGGAAGCAGCAAAUGCAUUGAAGAAACAAAUGUGGGCUGAUGCUCAGACUGAUAAACGUCGCAUGAAGGAGGACUGUGUCAUGAGAAUUCCAUAUUCAUCUAUUAUCUGUAGCAAGGGUGAAGAGAAUAUCUCCACUGCGGUUGUAGCUGGAAAGCAAAGUUCUCGUAAUGAUGGUAAAAGCGAUAUAUCAUCUAUACAGUCUGAGGUCAUGCAUGAACACUUGGGUGAUCUAUACGUCAAUACAAAUAGUAUGCAUGCGGAAAGGUGUUCGUCAAUGCAAGAGUUGCCAGUUGCCACCGACAGUAGUCCACUUGUGCAAGCUGUAUAUGCUGCAGAAAAGUCAAGGUCACGUCUAAAGUCUAUUAUCUUACAGAAGGCCGACGAAAUGUAUGUACACAGGUCUUUGCCUCUUGGGCAAGAUCGCAGACGCAAUUGUUAUUGGCAGUUUGUCACUUCUGCAUCUCUAAAUGAUCCUGGGAAUGGUAGGAUCUUUGUGCAGAUGUGCAAUGACUCUUGGAAGCUUAUCGAUUCUGAAGAGGAUUUUGAUGCCUUGUUGGCGUCUUUGGAUGUCCGUGGUGUGAGAGAGUCCCACUUGUUCUCCAUGCUGCAAUUGAUUGAAAUGUCUUUCAAGGAAACUGUUAGAAAGAACUUGUCUCGCGUCAGCUCGGAAAAGAAUGAUGAAUCUGUUGAAACAAUGGCUCCAGAAAUGAAUUCUGAUGACCAGCCUUGUGCUGCUGACAGUCCUAGCAGCCGUAUCUGUUUAUCGAAUCCGGACAUGCCCGAAUCAUCGGUGUCUUUUAAGAUUGGAUUGGGAAGUAAUGAAACAGAGGUCAAGGAUGCCCUGCAGCGACACCAAGAAUUCGAGAAGUGGAUGUGGAAAGAAUGUUUCAAUCCAUCAAUAUUGCGUGCCAUGAGAUAUGGGAAACCAAGAGGCAAACCAGUAUAUAGUGUUUGUGACUUUUGUCGAUCUUUAUAUGAAGAAAGCUGCCCUUGUCAAUAUACCUCCAAUGUUUCUACCGGAGAUUCUAGCUUUUCUGAAUACGUUAAUUGCAGAGAGAAACUGUGCUCGGAUGCUGGAAUAACAGCCCCAUCAGUAAGAAUAAGUUUACUUAUUGCUCAGUUGGCAUCAAUUGAGGUUUCCAUUCCAGUUGAAGCUCUUCAGUCUGUUUGGUCUGAUGACUCUAGAAAAUCAUGGGGUAUGAAGCUGCAAACUGCGACAUCAGCUGAAGAACUUCUCCAGAUUCUGACUUUGUUAGAGGGUUGCAUAAAGAGAGACUUCUUGUUAUCAGAUUAUGAAACUACGAGCGAAUUGUUAGUUUCUUCUGACUCAACUGGGCCCAAGACUCAUGGUACUUCUACUCCUGAAGUGGUUCCUGUGCUCCCAUGGUUACCUCAGACGACCUCUUCAGUUGCACUAAGGCUCAUGGAACUUGAUUCCUCCAUUAGUUACAUGUUGAGCCAGAAAGAGGAUUCCCAGAAGGAGGAAGGGUAUUCAGAUUUGGCUGCUCCAUCAAGCAUUGAUGUUGUAAAAGAAUAUAUAUCUGAGGGUGAAGCGCCAGAAGCUUCACAGGAUGCCGGAUCGCUGCACCAAGAAGCAUGUGUUAAAACUAGUGGGCACAGAAGUUCUGGACGGAGACGCGGGCGGGGACGAGGUCAGGGGCACAGCUAUGGUGGCAGAUCUCAGAAAAGGGUGGGGCUUGAAGCUGGACAAAAAAAUACAAGUAACGCAGAUGGAUUCAAGCAGCUAAGAGGAUGGAAGAGUGGGAAAACCCGUGGCCGAGGAGGACGUAAGAGGGGUCAAUGGUCUGUUGGUAACCGCUCUGCAAAAAAUAAGCAGAAGGCUACAAAGAAAUCAACAGGGGUUUCUGGUGAUAGUGGGGAAACUGGAGAUAUCAGUGUUGAUAGAACUCCAGCAAAUUCUGUUCUGAAGUGGAAUAUAGAACCACCGCCAGCUUACAGUCCUGAGGAAUCGAGCACUUCAGAUUCUCAAUCGGAGGAUAAUGUUGAAAAUGGGCUUGCCUCAGCAGAGUAUGAUGAUAUAAUGGUGGACAACUAUCCUAACAUGUAUAAUAGCAGGCAACUAGAGUAUGAUGUUAAUGGUGAUGAAGAUUAUGAUGAUCGUGCUGAAGCAGAAGAAGAUGGCAAUGAUGAUGAUAUGGAUGAUUUUGUGGAAGAUGAACAGGAGGAUGUUGAGAGAUAUUUUAAUGGUUACUCUGACGAAGAUGGAAGCAUGGAGGAUAUGGAUAAAAAACAAACAGGGAACACUGAUGACAUUACUGAAUCCGCCUCAGAAGACGGCGAUUAAGAAUAAACUACAACAAGAAUGGUAGUUCGCUAUGUAUAACAGAUUCCCUUUUUUUUUUUUUUUUCUUUUGCUUAAAUCGUGUAAUCUAUCAAGGCAGAGGUUAGAUUAAAUUUCCCGUAUAUUUUUAUACAGUGAAAUUGGUAGUUACUGCAAGAAAAAUAUUAGUUAUAGAAAUUGUUAGAUGAAGCAUGGAAGGUUAGGUUUUUUCCUUUUGUUUAUAUCGUCUCAUAAUCUAGUUGAGAAAAUCUUAGUUGGUAA